CCCUCUUUCUCUUUCCUCAUCGUUAUAUCGGGAAAAUUGUUAUCGCUAAAUUCUCACACGCCUCGAAGCUACCUCGACGCGGAAUAUCCUGAUACGUUUCUACAUAUUUAUAUACGCCCGAGUCUUCGUGCUUGCUAUUGUAAAUAGCGAGUGUACAUAGUGUGGUAGGUGACAGAGCUAAAGAGAGUAAAAGUGAGAAAGAGCAAAAGCGAACGAGUGUUGGUAGAUAAGCCAGAAUUUAGUUGGCAAUGAGUACGGGCAACAAAUCUUUGGCGUCCUCUGCUGGGAAAGCCACCGGCAAGAAUAAGUCUUCACACGGUAAUCACAGCAAAUCGGAUCAUCAUCAUCAGUCCAAGUCGUCGGAUGCAUCGAAACACGACAAAGGGCAGCAAAACAAGGAUCAGUCGCGACAUGCACAAAUAAUUGACACGAGAAUGGGCGGAGCGGAGGACCCUGUACUAAAAGAGCAGAUAAAGCAGGUGAUGGACAUGACGCGACGUUCGGAAGAUGAAGUUAUCAUGGUUCUGCACGAUAACGACGGCGAUCUUGAUCGCACCGUCAAUGAUCUUCUUGAAGGUGUACAAACCGAGUGGGAGGUAAAAAAGAAGAAAGCCAGACAGCCAGGAGGAUCCAAGCAAAACGCGAAUUCGGCCGUCGACGCGGAGGAGACGGCUGAUUGGGACGAUCGACGUAAUCAGCGAGGUGGAGGACCUCCCCGUCUUCGCGGGCGUGCCAAUCACGAUAAUCGGGGCUGGCGCGGACGAGAAAACAAAGAAAACGAGAGAAACAUGGAGGAUAAUGUGCGAGGCGAGGGUGGGUACGGUGGUGGAGGUCGGCGAGGAGGUCGCGGAGGCCCGGGAAAAUCGGGGCGAGGAGGUCGUGGCGGUGGCAGAGGUUUGGGACCAAGAACGUUCGCGAAUCGUGGUGACGUUGCGUCUUCCUCAUCAGCGCACAGUUUUAGUCGACCUAUCGACACGUGGACCGGAAGCGAAGAGCAACAGCAGAGCAAUCAAGGACCGAAGAUGGAAGCUUGGAAUAAUCUCGAACCGGCGGAAGACUGGGAUAAUGAGGAAUAUACAGGCUCGUUGGCGGACACAAAGGUUUUUACACCUAGUACAACGUUAAAUGAAAAUUCGAGUGUAGUCGCCGUCGGCGGUCUCGACGAGUCGAAGCAGGGACAGGAAAUCCAACAACCCGUAGUGCAAACCUCAACCCAGGCUCAAUUGAAUCUCGUCACAUUACAGCAGGAGGAUCCGUCAAAGUUGUCGGAGGCUACGACAUCAUUGCAGUCUCAACCAUCAAGUCUGCAUCAGCAGCAAGCGCCUUCUGUUCUUGGUAUUACCGGUCAGUUGCAACAACAAUUGUCACAGCCUCAGCCGAGUAUUGUAGGAGGUGCGGCGUUAACUGCUGCACAAAGCCAAUAUCUUACUCAGCUCACUCAGCAGUCAAGUGAAAAUUUCAAAGCUUCUGGUCAAUCUGCUUUCUCCUCAAUGAAUAUCACCCCUCAGCCGCAGCGACAAGCGAAACAACGUCCACGAGUUCCACCACCUUCGAAAAUACCGUCGAGCGCAGUUGAAAUGCCGGGCGACACUGUAAACAGCAAUAUUGGUUUUCUUGACGUGCAAUUCGGUGCUCUCGAGUUGUGUAGCGAGUCUGGUUCGAUCGAUGGUUCUGCGACCGACAAGUACAAUUCUUCGUCAACGAGCAUAAGCGGCGGUAUCGACAUCUCGUCGACUUCGUCAGCAGCUGCAGCUGCCGCUGCAGCGGCUGCUGCAGCGGUUGCCGCAUCGACGGUAGCGAAUUCGUCAACCUCCUCCAAUUCACUGGACAUUGAGACACCUCAACAACCGACUGGAACGAACCAGUGCUUCAAUACCAACUCUCAAAUGGUAUCACCUAGCAACGCAUCGGUGGCAUAUGGGACGACGAGCUCUUACUCCUCCUCCCAAAAACCGUACCAGGGAUCAAAUGCCGCGCCAAGUAGUUACAACGCGUACUCGUCGAGUGCCGGACAAACGGGACAAUCCUCGAACGCGUUUCCAACAGCGAGCGGAGGAAACGCUAAUAAUUAUCCUACAACGACUUCUGUGACUCAAGCUAGUUAUAAUGUUUCGUCCUCGUAUCCACAAUCGAGUGCACCGACGUAUAGUCAAGCGUCUCCUUCGGCUUCGACCGGUGGUUCGGCAAGUUCUGCGGCUACUUCAGCGUACAAUCAAACUACAACACCCAAUCAGCAGGCGUAUCAGUCGUCGACGAGUGGUGGUAGCGGCGGUGGCGGCAGUUUUGUUCCAUCUACAACAGCUCAGUAUCAAUCGGGUCAAUCGUCAUCGAGCAACGUUGGGGUUACGAACAAUAGCAAUACAGCGGGUGUGUACCAAGCAAGCAGUUACCAAGGUUCGUCGUCAUUCCAGUCGACACCACAGGCCUACCAACCCUCCGUGACGACUUUCACAUCGCCAAUAACUCCCGCGAACAGUGGUGGCAGUGGUUAUCCAAGUGCUGCACACUCUGUAUACGGCAGCGCGUAUGGAAAUUAUAACAGUCAGCAGCAAGGAGUCUCGCACAAUCACAACAAGCUCAGCAGCGGUGGCAGCAAAGAUUCUCAAUACGAUAGUAGCGCAACCACGACCAGUGGAUCAUUGGCGACUACUUCAGCACCGACACUCGGGACCGGUGGUGGCGCAGCUGGCAGUCUAUCUUCUUCGACUUCUGCCAACAGUUCACAAACCAAGUCCACUAGUUCCAACGCUGUGCCAAAGAGUACGUCGAGCGGUGUAGUUACGGGUGCCGGAACUGGCAGCAUGACAGGUGGAGGAGCUGGUAACAUGACGCCGAUCCUAAAUCAUCAGUACAUCUUGGGACAAGGGGUGCCUUACGCGGCUUUUCAACAACCGUUGUAUAGCUACGAAGAUCUGCAACUGAUGCAACAAAGAAUACAACCGCACAUGCCAACUACUGGUUACUAUGACACGACUGUGGGCUAUCAGACAACUGGUCCGGCAACGAGCCUCGGCGGUGGCAGAGGCGACGGCCUAUCCGGUGUUCAAGGUGUUCAGGGUGUGCAAGGAGUUCAGGGACCUUACACGAGCAUGAGCGACGGAAGGUUCGCGAGAAACGAUAGCAACGCAUCGCCUGUACCUUCGACCAUGUCGCAACAGACUGCAACGCAGCAUCAACAGCCGAUGAUGAAUCCGACAUUGCCACCGGGUUACGCUUACUUCGCAUAUGGCGGUGGAAUCAUGCCUGGAGGCUUUCCUUACGGAACACCGACGAUUUAUCCCUCAAUCGCGACUGCUGGUAACGCCGGCACAAAUAGCGGUGGUUACAGCACAAAACCAGCGAAUUACGGCUCAGGAUACGGCGGCGGAGCUAACUACGAUGGUUUAGCAAGCGCCAGUCAAACUGGAGAAUACAAAGCGACCGGAAGUCCCUACACAGGCUCGCAGAGUGGCAAGACUGGCACAUCGACUGGUAACAACAACAGUGGAGGUAGCUCCGGUGCUGAUAUCAGUACGAGUAUGUACGCCAAGAAUCACGUUGCACUCGGCAAAGUUAACUCUUACGACAAACAGACUUUCCACUCGGCGACACCACCCCCGUUCAGUCUUUCGGGGAGCCAAAGCGCUGGAAUGCCCGGUGGUUACGGAGCUCCUCACUUGUUCAUAUCGACGAUGCCGCAUCAGUUACAUCAGCCAUUGCAUCAGGAUGGCGGUAGCAGUACCGGUCAGCGAUCCAAUUCGAGCUCUCAAAAUAAAACUCAAGCGAAGCCAGGCUAUGGUUCGGCGUACUGGACCGGCGGUAAUUAAACGACCAGUAAUGAGAAGAAAGAACAAACAAAACACGAAAGAUGUAAACACACCACCAAAUGGGGGAGCGAAGGAAAAAGAAAUAGGAAUACCGGGCACACCGCUGUGUGCGCUCUCGAGUGUCUACCGUUACAGUGUUAAACGCUACGUGGAUACAAAAAAACCAGCCGACCAUCGUAACCAACGACGAUUUUAAUAUUGAGAGCCAGAGGGAAAGUGGAGAGAGCGUUUCGAGAGAUUGCCGAAUUACAAAUAGUACAUAAGCGAUUUUGACAAAGGAAGAAAAAGAUAACACUACACAUAUAAAUACACACGAAUACACACCGAAGGGAUAAUCGAAUUUGCGUUAUAUUUUCACGCCUCGAGACGCUAUCCCAAUUUAUUUUCCUUCAAUUAUCCUUCUACUCAUUACUUUCAUGUUUCAUUUAUUCUCGUAAAAUUUUUCCCGAAUCUCUCCCUGCCCUCCGUACUUUUUUUAAUCCAGCGCAAUGUCAAUGCCGUCAAGACUAACGACGAAUGGCCUGCAGUAGCGAGAAUACCGUCGGGACCGUACAAAACAUCGCGUACUGUCAACAUCGUGAUGACUGUAAAAAAAAAAAAAAAAAAACUCCUUUUUUCAUUUUCUAUAAUUGUGCAAACCAGAGUUUCGUUCCUCCCUUUUUCUUGGGUCUGCAUGAGAGAUGCGCAACGGUAAACGAAGAGAACGUAAUUUGUCGUGUAACUAACGAUAUAUCGUAUCGACACGAACGAUCGAUCGCUAAAUGAUGAACUAAUUCCAUGAUCUUGUCAUCUUACAAGUUUUUUUUCCUUUUUUGUUGUAAAAUUUUCGUCGGGAUGUUCUCGCGAGGAGCACGAUUCGUCGAUAAAGAUCGUAACAAUAAGCGUUCAUCUUUUUUUCUUUUUUUUUUAUAAAAUUGUUGAAUGUGAUAUAAAAUUGAAAAAAAAUGCGAUUCAAUUGCAGAAGGCUUCAUCGUGAAAGAAACGAGUGUGAUUUUUUUGUUGUUGUUGGAGGUAUUUUUUAUUGUAAUUGAACAGACGAGGCGAUACGACCGAAACUAGAUAUACGAAGACACGUAAACAUUUAUUAAUGCGUUGCAACAACAUGCAGGAGGAGGAGAAGGAGGCAAAGGUGGAAACCAGUUAUCGAUCAUUACUUUAAUCCUCUCAUGCUCGUUUAUCAUAUAGUACUAAUUACAAGUUCACUCUUUCUCUCUAUAUCUGAAAUGAAUAUCGAACGAUUUGAUUUUUAUCAAACAACCGACGGGAUAAAUAUUGAAUUGAGUAAAAGAUAAUGAAACGAGCGAAUACGUCGAUGAAAGCGCCGCACGAAUAAGAAUUUCAAAAGAGAUGCAUUGUCUAAAAAGCGCAUCGUUGCGCUUUUCGAUCAACCAAAAGAAAGAAGAAAAAAAACAACAAAACAAACAAACUACUGUACUCUUUUUAUUUAAUUUUUUAAAAUCUACAAACGCAAUGGCCAAUCGUCGCGGACGAGUAUUUCUGUAAACACUGAAUAUCGCGAUCUACCACAACGUUCGUACGCUAGAUAUACGCGAGCAUAUUUACGGAAAGAGCCAAAAAAUGUAUACACACACACUUAAACAAGAACUUGUUGUCUAUACAUAUUUUUGGCGCGCGCGGAUGUAUGCGAGUGUGUGCAUGUGUGUGUGUGCGUGCCUGUGUACAUGUUUGUGGGAUGUAUGUGUUUGUGAAUGUGUGCGCGCGCGCGCGCCUCUUUGUACACACGAAUAUAUAUAUAACGGAAAAAAAACGAAGGAAAUACGUUCAUUGGAAUUCCUAGUAUAUCUCAUCUCUACAAGUAUAAAUAUAUAAAUAUAUUGAUCAAAGAAUUAAUGAAAAAAUAAACGAAAAUUUAAGUCGGAAAAAUUCUCACAAAGAAUAUUGAUAUUUUCACUGUGCGAGGAGGGAGCAUGUAACAGCGCGUAUCUUAUAUACCGAAAGAAAAGAAAAAUGAUAUAUUAUUAAGUUCAGUUAUGUCGUGUGCCUCGGAACGCCAUCGUCACGGGAGAGAGAAGAAACAAUAAAAAUAUUGCAAGUAGAUAAAUUACGGAAAAGCCUAAAUUCAUGGCGUAUUCCUCAUUUUCGAACUAAAUGAAAUUGAGAUAAUUCGUAUGGACUCGUUUUUAUUCGCGCGUGUCUCUAGGAGCGUAGGAGGAGCACGAGGAGGGUUAGUAUAGUUGUAAACUUGUAUUAACUGAAUUUGUUCCGUAAUAAAAUUGUGAAGUGGAGACCAAACGUUUGGUGCUGAAUGCGUUUAAAACGUCGUGCAAUAAUUUUCUCAUUAUUGUAAAUUAAUUUUAUCAAAUCUUGCAUCAAAGUCGAAUAUAAAGGUACGAAAAUGUUAAAUAUCACUACUCAAAUUUUGCCAUCUCAUGUGAUGUUCCAUAAAGUUUGGGUUUUAGAAUCUAACUUUCUUCAUCCUCCCCCGCCCCUUGCUUUUUAUCGCUCUUUCUCUCUCUCUCUCUCUCUCUCUCUCUCUCUCUCUCUCGGCCUUCCAUUUUCUAGCUCGAAUCAAAUGUAACCGUGGGAAAAUCAUUGCAAUAUUUUCGUUCGUAACAAAAAACGUGUCUUCUUUUCCAAUCAACUUCCUUAACGAAUCAUGCCAUACUUUGUUACGGAUUCGUUUUUUUCGCUGCUGAAGAAUUGCGUUUUUGGAACGACCGCACUAAUUUUAUGCAUCUAUGAAAUAAGUUCUCAUCAAUUCAAUCGAUGAAAACAGAAUCCUAAUUCGAAUUUCAAUUCCGAAUUCGAUUUUGAAAAUGUGGGGUUCAAAUUUUCAUGAAAACCCGUUUACAAUCGACUGUAUCAUAAAAUCAGCAGUAGUUCUUUGAACUCGAAGCUACACGUUUUUGGCUGUACGGUUUGGGUUAUUGUAAAAUUUACUACGAAAAUGAGAGCACGCAUUGACGGACAGUCGGCACUGUACAGAGAAAGCUGUAGAUUCCUUGGGCUUGAUAUAUUUUUCAAAAUAUGUAUGACAAAAGCGAUUGGUAGAUUGGCUCAUCGGGUGAUUUUGGUAUAAAAACAUUCACGCAGAAUAAAGUAUAACGAAAAUAAGUAUUAAGUAUCUAGAGACGCGGUAGCGUCUUGACGCCAAGUAUUUAUUUAUACUGCUGCAGGAAAAUCAUUUUUUGUCUGAAGCCUUCGAAACUCUAUAAGUAGAAAAUAUAUUAUAAAAAAAUCAUACGAUCUACGAGACUGUCGUCAAAAAAUUAACUUUUGUUCAUUAUUUUUUCUGCUCCCAUUCGAUAUACUACUCUUUUUCGAUGAAAAUUUUCUCUCGCUCUCUCUCACCCCUCACACACACACUCACACACACACACACAUACACAUCCGUACGUCACACUGACGCGCGACGAUUCUAGAAAAAAUUCUAUAUAAAAUUAAAUUCCCUGUGACUCACGUGUACGCGUACGGUACAAGCGAUAUGGUAGGUACGCUGUGCUAUUGCGUGCUACAUAUACAUACAUAUAUAUCGUACCAAAUCGUUCGCUUUGUUUACAGGGUGAUAAUGAAGAAAGAAAAUCAUGAAAAAAUUUAAACAAUAGUAAGUGUAAUGUACUAUAAGAAAGAUAAAGUGCAAGUCGAUUAUAGGUGAUAUAUAAGAUUGAAUAAUUCAAAGAGAAAAAUGGGACAGAGAUGAUAAUGACGAUAAAUAAAAGGAUGAAACAAAAGAGGAGGAAGAGUAUGCGAGUAUACUAUACAUAGUGCGAUGGGAUAAACAUGAAGCGUGUCUGAGAUGGAUUUACGGAGAAUGCGGACGUUGGCGUUCUUCAUAUAAUUGUCAUACCUUAAUAAUUUUUGUAUUUUUGUCAAAUAUUAAUUGAGCGAUCGAAAUUGCAGCGUGCAUUCGAUCAGCCACUAUUGCUAACUAUUAAUUAAUAGAUGACCCACGAUUAAUAAAUAAUAACAUUUAGCUACUACUGUGUAUAAAUAUGAAUAUUCUCAGAAUAAAUGUAAUGAAAGAAUCA